AUGGAAAAAAACAGCGAGUUGUGUGGUGUGCUGGCCCUUAAGGCUGUGUAUGUGGAAAAGUCAAAUGUGGCUAUACCAACAUCGAAGCCGCCACAUUGCCUUACUCCGGCUUUGUUCUUUUCCGAAUUUUCCAACGUAAACAAUUCAAAAUAUUACGAAGUUUUGAAUUUAAAAAAAAACUGCACCACGGAUGAAGGAGCCCCAAAUAAACAUAAAAUUGUGUUCAAUGGUGAAGCAGACGAAAAGCCAAAUGUAAUUACAGGAAAUCUUGUCGUCAUACUGAAUGAGAAACCACAUCAGCUAUUUAGGAGAGAAGGAGUCGAUUUAUUUAUCUCACAUAAAAUUUCCUUGUACGAAUCGCUAACCGGUUUUGUUGCAGAAAUUAUGCACUUGGAUGAGAGGAAAAUUUUAGUUGACUGUACAAACUCUGGGUUUGUGAGACAUGGAGAUAUUAGAGAAAUCGCAGAAGAAGGAAUGCCAACGUAUAAGGAUCCAUUUAAAAAGGGGAACCUCUACAUUACCUUUGAGGUGGAGUAUCCUAUGGAUUUAAUCGUAACAAAUGAGAAGAAGGAAAUUUUGAAGAUUUUAAAAAAGCAAAAUGAAAUUGAAAAGAGCUACGAUUUGGAAAAUAGCGAAUGUGAAGUUGUUACGUGCCAGCCGGUCGAUAAGGAAUACCUCAAACAGAGACUCAGCAAACAGCAGCAGCAGGAUGCCUACGAUGACGAAGAUCAUCAGCCCGAGAUGGAGGGUCAGAGAGUGGCCUGCGCGCAGCAGUGA